AUGCAUGCUUCCUUCUGCCCCUGUCCCGCCUCUCCUCCUCUCCAAAGUCUAUCUUCCCUUUGCUACUUUAUCACAGUCGUGACUGCCCUCUCGCCCAUCACCGCCAUCGCUCCUUCCACAUCAUCGUCGUCUUGGCCAAAUGUUUGCUUUUGGGUCGCCGCUGCCCCUCUCCAACGUCAUGCCCCACGCGCUUGCCACAACCCGUUUGUCUCAACCGUCACCCAUGACACCAGUCACACUCCCUUCCUCUCUUACCAAACGCCCGUAUACAUAGCCCCCUCAAGCCGUCACGCCUUGUCUCGUGCAACCUCACCGCCCGUGCGCCAAAUGGAUCAAGGCCACAUCAAGCAAAGCAAUGGAACAAUCAAGGCCUUACCACGCCAGCCUUUGGCACAACAGCUCGGUUUGCUUUCAGAUUCCCUUUCACAAUCUCGCAGACGUCACUGGCGCACAUGA